AUGCUUGGCAGAUUCCCUAGACUUUUCACAAACGGUGCAACUCGUGUCCCGUUUCCCAAGUGGUCUUUUCAAAGGAUCCCCUUGAGAUUUAACGCUUCUGUGAGCAAGGCAAACGAAAAACCAUCUUUAAAGAAAUUAAUGCAAACUUAUGGAUACUCUGCUUUAGCCGUAUAUUUGGGACUCUCUGCCCUUGACUUCCCCAUUUGUUUCUUUGCAGUGCAUUCACUGGGUGAGGAAACUAUAAAGGUGUACAUCAACAAGGCCAAGCAGGUGGUUGGAUAUGGCCGAAAUGAACAGGAAAUGGUUCAGGAUAUUAGAGCUAAGAUUCAGGAGAAUGAACGCAAAAAAGCUUCCGGUGAACUGGAAAAUGUUUCGAGGUGGGAGAGAAUAAAGGAGAGCACUCUGUUAACUGAGAUCCUCAUAGCUUACGGGAUUCACAAGAGCUUAAUUGUCUUUAGACUACCAGUAACGGCAGCCAUCACGCCUGCUACGGUCAAACUUAUGCAAAAGUGGGGCUUCAAUCUGGGUAGGUUUAACAAAAACUUCAAGACUACAGGAGAGUCCGCGAAGAUCAAAUACAAAACAGGCGAUCCCAAGGAUUUUGUGAGUGGAAAGCAAGUGCCUAAACAAACGCAGAACAAUGGAAAAAAGUGGUUUGAUGGUAUGAUGUAA